AAGACACUUAAUUGUGAAAUCAAGAGAGGGUUAAUCGGCAUGGGUGUAGCCAGACUGGUGAUAAUCAUUCAAUUUUUAAGAUAAAAAUUGCUUUAAAUUGAUUUAACCCAACGUGUCAAACAAUUGACAAACUAGUUGGCCUUAAAAGACUGAUUAACUUUGUUAUAAUCAAAUUGAUUGUUGACAAGAAACGAAAAAAUUUUCGUUCUUAAUCAUCUGAAAAUUCAACAUUUCAUUUGAUUUGAAAUCGAUAAAUCUCAAAAGAAAGGGUUUCAACUUAAAUUGUUACAACCUCUCUGUGUGUCCUUUGAAUAUUUAAUUUGAUUUAAUUUCUUACCUUUAAAUUAUUAAUUGAAUUUUGUGAUUCCCUUUGUGUUCUGCAUCUUUCUGGUGGCCGUUAUUGGUGCGUAACUUUCGUGAAACUUUUAUCAAUCAACGAAAAAUAAACCAAAGGUUCAAAAAUGGUCGUCACUCAAGUAAAUAAAAUAACUGAAUUAAGUAAACAAUCGGGAAUAAUUAGUAUCGAUCAUGUAACUUUCUAUGUUUCAAACGCCAAAUAUGCGGCCGCUUAUUUUACUCGUUUCUUUGGAUUCAAGUUAAUUGGUUAUAAGGGUUUGGAAACUGGAAGCCGAUCAAUGUGCUCAUAUGUUGUUUCCCAAGGUGACGUUGUGUUGGUUUUAUGUUCAACUUAUCAAUAUGGUUCGGGUGACCUUUGGUCAAUUGUUUCCUCUAGAGGUGAUAUGGUUAAAGAUGUCGCCUUUACGGUUGAUUGUUUGGAUAAUUAUUUAAACAAAUUGGUCACAAAUGGAGUUGAAAUUAUCCGUCAACCUUGGACAGAAAGUGAUCAACAUGGUUCCGUUAGAAUGGCCGUUAUUUCACCUUUCGGUGAUAUUACACACACACUAAUUGAACGAACUCGUUACUCGGGUACAUUUCUACCUUCUUUUCAUCCUCCUCUUGAAUCAAAAAAUUUCGAUGAGCCACUGGACAUUUCACCAGAAUAUCGAGUAUCAUUCAAAGUUAUUGACCAUUUUGUUCCGGUUCUUAAUGCUGGACAAUUAGAAAAAGCUUUCGAUUAUUACAGUAAAUUAGGCCUGGAAACUUUUUACUCUGUAGAUGACUUUAAAGUUAAAACGGAUAAAAGUCGCUUGAACAUGGUCAUUGUCGCUAAUAAGUCCAAAGAUGUAAUAAUCAAUUUAGUCGCACCAUCGGCUGAAGAUAAAUUAUCCCAAUUACAUGAAUUCUUAAAGUAUAACAAUGGAUCGGGAAUUCAACAUCUUGCCCUUCGAACAGAUAAUAUUGUUGCAACGGUAACUGGCCUUAGGGCUCGGGGAGUCCAAUUUCUUGAAAUUCCAUCAAGUUAUUAUGAUAAAUUACGACAACGUUUAGAUUCAUCUAAAAUCUCAAUAAAAGAAUCAAUCGAUACACUGGAAAAACUGCAAAUCCUUUGCGAUUUCAAUGAAAAUGGUUAUAUCCUCCAGUUAUUUGGUAAACCACUUUUUGAUCGACCAACAAGUUACCUCGAAAUUAUUCAACGAAACAAUCAUUCUGGUUUCGGUGCUGGAAAUGUCCAAGCUCUUUACGAAGCCGUUGAAAGGUUACAAAAACAACGAGGGAAUUUGUAAUCCUUAAAGUAAAUUGAAUAUCACCAAUGAUCAACUUAAAAAUUAAUCUACUAUUUUUUAUAAUUAUCAACAAUUCUCAUAUAUCCAAUAUAUGUUUUUCUCAUCGAAUCCUUUUGAUUUAAUUGUCCAGCAAAAUAAUCUUGACCAAUGGUUUCCACAGAUCCAACGCUUUCAGCUCCAAUGAAUAUGGUGAAAAUGGAAACUGUUGAUUGAAAGUAAUAGUUGAGAAAAAAAAAUGAUGAAAAUUGAUCAAUUGUUAGACUUUGUUCACUCAAUUGUAAUCAACCUUGGCCGAGAAACUUUGAUUAAUCAGUAACCCGUUUAAUCUUAACAAUUAACAGUAAAAAGAGAAAGUAAAACGUUCUCACAAUUUACUGUCUAAAUCGUUUACAAUGAAACUUUUGUCAAUCUUAAUUUAAUUACUUAUCAAUUUGUAUUUUUGUUAAAUUUACUCUUUAUAACUUUACCUCUGAUUUGAAUAAUAAAUGUUGAUCAUUGAACAA